AUGGCAAUGCAUCACAACCGUUCUAUGCUUCUAGAAGCUCAUCGAAAAUUAUUCAAAUCCUUAUGUCAAAUCAACGGUUUUGAAAUGGGUUCCCCCUUUGGAAAAUUUGAAUAUAGUGAAAUUAAGUGUUUAUUAUCUGGCUGCUUGGGGACAGUAUUUAACAUUCUCUGCCUUUGCACUAUUAUAUCACACUUCCCGGACAUGCUACUACUACUGCAGUUUAAUUUCUUCGCCUCUUUUGAUAGACAUUCACCCAUAAGCGACAUCUUGAGGCCAAACGCGGGCAUUCGUUCCUUUCUGGGUGCUGUCCCAGUUCAAGAGGUGAGUCUGGACCCCACCUGCGCCGUCUUCAUCACCAUGAACCCCGGAUACGCUGGCCGUUCGGAGCUCCCCGAUAACCUCAAGGCCCUGUUCCGUUCCGUGGCCAUGAUGGUGCCCGACUACGGCCUCAUCGCCGAGAUCUCCCUCUACUCCUUCGGCUUCGUGGCGGCGCGGAGCAUGUCCAGGAAGAUCGUGGCCACCUACAGGCUGUGCUCCGAGCAGCUCUCCGCGCAGCCGCACUAUGAUUAUGGUAUGAGGACAGUGAAAGCCGUGCUUGCGCCGGAGAACUUGAAGCUCAAGUACCCAGACAUGCCGGAAGCUGUGGUUGUCCUCAGGUCCGUUCGCGAUGUCAACUUGCCGAAAUUCUUGGCUCAUGACUUGCCGUUGUUUGAGGGUAUCAUCGCCGACCUGUUCCCCGGGGUCGUCCUGCCUCAGCCCGACUACACCUGCCUCCACCGCGCCAUCAGGGAGGUGUGCUCCGGCGCCGGCCUCCGCGCUAACGACUACUUCCUCGACAAAGUGCAACAGGUGUAUGAGACGAUGAGGGUCAGGCACGGAUUUAUGCUAAUCGGCAACCCCAUCGGCGGCAAGACGGUGGCGCUGAGGACUCUCUCGCAGGCACUCGGGAUCAUGAAUGAGAGGGGCGAGAACCGCGUGCAGAUGUGCGUGAUCAACCCGAAGGCGGUGACGGUGGGCCAGCUCUACGGCCAGUUCGACCCGACGUCUCACGAGUGGUCCGACGGGGUCCUGGCGGUCAACUUCAGGAAGUUUGCUGUUUCUUCGUCGCCGGAUAGGAAGUGGAUCGUUCUCGACGGGCCGGUGGAUAGCGUGUGGAUCGAGAACAUCAACUCCGUUCUGGACGACAACAAGAAACUCUGCCUCAUGUCCGGAGAAAUCAUUUGUCUCUCGUCCACCACGAACAUCAUCUUCGAGGUCCACCAUCUUGAGAACGCGUCGCCUGCUACGGUGUCGCGGUGCGGGAUGGUGUACAUGGAGCCCCUGGCCCUCGGGUGGCGCCCCCUGGUGGAGACGUGGCUGGCGAAGCUCCCGCAGACGCUGACAGCAGCACCGCGCGUCCUCACCGCCCUCUUCCACCGCUUCGUGCCGCCGCUGCUGUGCUUCGUCAGGAAAUACCUGCUGUGGUACAAGCUGGAGCGGAGCGAGUCGUACGUGCAGAAGGGCGUGUCGCCGACCACGGACCUCAACCUCGUGCGGAGUCUGAUGAACAUCUUCGACUGCUUCCUCGAGGAGUUCACGGACCCCGCCUACACCAAGCACCACCCCGAGUCCGACAUCCGCGCGCAUCUCGAGAGCAUCUUCCUCUUCUCCGCCAUCUGGUCCUUGGGCGGCCCCCUCGACGAAGGCUCUCGGCGCAAGUUCGACCUCGUCCUCAGGGAGCUCAUUAACGGACAGCCGAGCAAGAAGACGAUUGAAGACCUCGGCCUGUCAGAGGUACCAGAACCUCCCCACGACUACCAGCUUCCCAUUCCUGACGAUGACACGGUCUUCCACUACAAGUUCGUCAAGGAGGGUCGUGGGUACUGGCAAAAAUGGAGCGAGGACCUAGCCAACGCAGCGUCCAUACCCCGCGACGUGGCUGCCCAUCAGAUUCUGGUACCCACCGUCACGACAGUCCAAGUCACCGCCAUUCUGAGCCUUCUGGUGUCCCAAGCGAAGCCCCUGCUCUUGGUGGGACCUCCUGCGACCGGCAAAUCGGUCUAUGUGGCGGACUUCCUGAGGAACAAGCUGAAGGCGGCGCAAUACAAGCCCAUGUUCAUCAACUUCUCCGCCCACACCAACACCACCAGCGUCCAGGAUCUCGUCAUGAGCGGACUGGACAAGCGAAAGAAAGGUGUUUACGGUCCCCCCGUGGGCAAGCGGUGCGUGCUCUUCGUGGACGACCUGAAUCUCCCACAGACGGACGCCUUCGGCUCCCACCCGCCGCUCGAGCUCCUGAGGCAGCUGGUCGACCACGCCACCUGGUACGACAUCAGGAAGGAGGUCGAGCCCAUUCGCCUGGAGGACAUGCAGCUGGUGUCGACGAUGAGCCUGCGAGAGAGCGGAAGGACGAAUCUCACGCCGCGCCUCCUUCGUCACUUCAACGUCGUCGCCGUCAACGACUUCGAUGACCAGACGAUCCACUCCAUUUUCUCCAAGAUCCUCCUAUGGCAUCUGGACACGCGAGGCUUCAGCAAGAUGUUCGACCCCUGCAUCGGCGAGAUCGUGAACGGCACCUUGGACGUCUACCGCGCCGCCGCCACCCACCUGCGCCCGACGCCCUCCCGCUCGCACUACAUCUUCAACCUCCGCGACUUCUUCAGGGUCAUUCAGGGCGUGCUGUUGUCUGUGCCCGAGACGAUGGAGGACCUGCGUUCCAUGAAGAAGAUGUGGAUCCACGAGGUGCUGCGUGUGUUCUACGACCGCCUCGUGGACAGUGGCGACCGCAAGUGGCUGCUGCAGCGAGUGUCCGACGCCUGCACCAACCACCUGAACGAGGACUUCAACCACCUGCUGGCCGAGCUCGACGACGGGGACGACGGAGAGGUCUCAGAGAACGACCUCCGCAACCUGGUCUACUGCGACUUCGCGGAUCCCAAGAGCGAGAGCCGCCACUACGUCCAAGUGGAGGACCUCGAGGGCCUUCGGAGCGUGGUGGAAGGGUACCUCCACGAGUUCAAUAACAUGAGCAAGAAGCCGAUGAACUUGGUUAUGUUCAAGUUCGCGCUGGAGCACCUGGCGAGGAUCUGCCGCGUCCUUCGCCAGCCCCGAGGACACGCUAUGCUGGUGGGCGUGGGCGGCAGCGGGCGCCACUCACUCACACGUCUCGCCGCCCACAUCACGGAUUACGAGCUCUUUGAGGUGGAGAUGAGUCGCAGCUACGGCCUGACGGAGUGGCGUGAGGACCUCAAGAUGAUCCUGAAGAAGGCGGGCACCGGCGAGCAGCAUAUCGUCUUCCUCUUUAGCGACACGCAGAUCAAGAACGAGAUCUUCCUUGAGGCGAUCAGCAGCAUCCUCAGCAUCGGCGAGAUCCCGGGCCUGUAUCCCACGGACGAGAAGCACACCAUCUGCGACAAGAUGAGGAACAUCGACGCCAGAGGGACAAGAGCAAGCAGGUGGACCGACGGAAGCCCAGCUGCCCUGUGGUCGCUGUUCGUCGAGCGGGUGAGGGAACAGCUGCACGUGGUCCUCGCGAUGUCGCCUGUGGAGAGGCCUUCAGGACGCCUGAGGAAGUUCCCGCGCUCCUCUCCUGCUGCACAUCGACUGGUUCCAUGGUUUCGCAUGGUGCCAGAGCGGUUCUUCACGGACCUGGAGUGGUUCUAUAUGGUCCUAGAAUCGUUCUGGGUGGUCUUAGAAGCGGUUCUAGACAGUCCUAGAGCCCUUCUGUAUGAUCCCGUUUGGGUUCUUGAGAUUCGAGAAUGUUCUUCAAGGGCUCGGGCUAAUGGUUCUAACGGCCUUGUCACCAUUAUCAUCCUCAUGGCGUGGCCGGAAGACGCCCUCGAAGCAGUGGCACUCAGGCUCCUGCAGGGCGUAGAGCUCCCGGCGGAGACACUGAAGGGGUGUGUGUCCUUGUGCCAGUAUUUCCACACUUCCACGCAGGAACUCUCAGACAGAUUUUUGACGCACCUUCGACGAUAUAACUACGUGACACCUACGUCCUACUUACAGCUACUGGCUACUUACAUGGUUAUUCUUGAGAGACGUAGAGGCGAGGUCAAGAAACUCGAAUGCCGCUACACGACGGGUCUGGCGCGCCUGGAGGAAGCCGAGACGUCCGUUUUGGCGAUGCAACAGGAAUUGCUCAACUUGCAACCCAUCUUGCUGACGAAGACCCGCGAGGUGGAGGACAAGAUGGCGGUCGUGGAGAAGCGGAGACAGGAAGUGGCUGAGGUGGAGCGCGUGGUCCGCCAAGACGAGGAGGUGGCGAACGAGGCAGCGGAGGCGGCCAACGGGAUCCGGAAGGAGUGCGAGGCCGAGCUCAACCUGGCGCUGCCCCUGCUGGAGGAGGCGACGGCGGCGCUGAACACGAUCAAGCAGGACGACAUCGUGUUUAUCAAGGCCAUGAAGAAUCCGCCUUCGGGAGUGAAGCUGGUGAUGGAGGCCGUCUGCGUGCUGCUGGGCGAGAAACCAGACCGCGUCCCGGACCCUCAAGGAACGGGCAAGAUGGUCGAGGAGUACUGGUCGGUCAGCAAGAGGCUUCUCGGCGACAUCAAGUUCAAGGAGAACCUCCUGAACUUCGACAAGGAGAACAUCAGCCAGAAGGCGAUCCAGACGAUUCGCUCCAAGUACCGGGACAACGACGAGUUCAAGCCCGAGAAGAUCAAGGUGGCGCGUCCAAGGCGGCGGAAAAGUGAGUUCGCGUUGGCUUGCCUGUGCAAGUGGGUGCUGGCCAUGGAGCGGUACGAGGAGGUGGACCGGAAGCGGUGUACGGCCUGUGCAAGCCUGUGCAAGUGGGUGCUGGCCAUGGAGCGGUACGAGGAGGUGGACCGCAAGGUGGCGCCCAAGCGAGAGGCCCUCCAGCGCGCCGACCAGCAGUACCAGGGCCUGAUGGGGGAGCUGAGGAAGAAGCAGGAGGCGCUGAGGGGCGUGCAGGAGGAGCUGGCGGGGCUGCAGGCCGAGCUCGACACCGUCAAGAAGGAGAAGCUCGAGUUGGAGCAGACGGUGGAGUUGUGCAGCAUCAAGAAGGACCGCGCCGAGCAGCUCCUGGCGGCGUUGGGCGGCGAGAAGACCCGCUGGACUGACAACGCUCACCACCUGGCGCAGGUCUACAUCUACCUCACAGGACGCGACAUGCUUCUAGCCGCGGGCAACAUCGCGUACCUUGGUGCCUUACCCCGGAGUAUCCGUGGCGAGUCAGAGUGCCAAGUGGCUUCCGGGAGGCCAGGCCGGGGGAGUGCAUUGCGCUCGGGGAGUUCCUGCUCUCACAGGUCCGGCGGGAGUGGGGGUGUGCUCGGCGACCCGCUGACCAUCAGGGACUGGACUCUCAACGGCCUGCCAACAGACCCCUUCAGCAUUGACAACGGUGUCAUCAUCAGCAACACGACGCGCUGGCCCCUGCUGAUCGACCCCCAGGGGCAGGCCAACAAGUGGAUCCGCAACAUGGAGAAGGACAACUCGCUGCAGGUCGUCAAGCUGUCCGAUCCUGACUUCAUUCGCACGCUCGAGAAUUGCGUGCAGUUCGGACAACCGGUCCUCCUCGAGAACGUGGGAGAGGAGUUGGACCCGAUCCUCGAACCGCUUCUCCUCAAGCAGACGUUCAAGCAGAGUGGGUCGACGUGUAUUAAGCUGGGCGACGCUACCAUUGAGUAUUCGGCGGAUUUCAGAAUGUACCUGACGACCAAGCUGAGCAACCCCAACUACGUGCCGGAGGUCUCAGUGAAGGUGACCCUCGUGAAUUUCGCCCUCACCGGCGCCGGGCUCGAGGACCAGCUGCUCGCCCUCGUUGUGGCCCACGAGAAGCCCGAACUCGAGGAGGAGAGGGUCACGCUCAUGCUCCAGACAGCGCAGAAUAAGAAGAACCUGAAGGAGCUGGAGGACCGCAUCCUCUCCACGCUCUCCUCCUCGAAGGGCAGCAUCCUGGAGGACGAGACGGCCAUCAACAUCCUCAGCGACGCCAACCGCCUCGUGAAGGAGACGCAGGAGAAGCAGACGAUCGCGGAGGAGACGGAGAAGAAGAUCAACGCCACCCGCCUGGGGUACCGCCCCGUCGCCGUCACCGCCUCCAUCCUGUUCUUCACCCUGAGGGACCUAGCCGCCCUGGACCCCAUGUACCAGUUCUCCCUCAAUUGGUUCGUCAAUCUAUUCUCCAACUCGAUAGAUAAUUCGGAGAAGGCGAGCGAGCUACCCGAUCGACUCAACGCCCUGCAGAGCCACUUCACGCUCAGUCUGUACCAUAACGUGUGCACCGGGCUUUUCGAGAAGGACAAGCUAGUUUUCUCCUUCCUGAUGUGCGUGAACCUCCAGCGCGCCGAGAAGAACGUGGACGACGCUGAGUGGCUCUUCCUCCUGACGGGGGGCGUGGCCUUGUCCACCGGCCCUUCCCCAAACCCCGCCCCCGAGUGGCUCCCAGAGACAUCUUGGCAGCAAAUUCAGUGGCUUCACUGCCUCCCGUCGCUCAAGCACCUUGUGAUGGAGUUCGCGGAGCACCUGGAGGAGUGGCGCGCCGUGUUCGAGUCCGAGACGCCGCAGAAGGAGACGAUCCCGAGUAUUAAGGAGGGCCAGGAGGUCCCCCUCUCCCGCAUGCAGCUGCUGUGUGUCCUUCGGUGCCUUCGCCCGGAUAAGGUGGUGGCCGCUGUGCAGGAUUAUGUCGCGGACCUCCUCGGCAAGGCGUACAUCGAGGCGCCGCCCUUCGACCUGGCCCGCACCUUCACCGACUCCCACUGCUGCCUCCCCCUCAUCUUCCUGCUCACGCCAGGCGCUGACCCGACGGCGCUCCUCCUCAAGUUCGCCGAAGACCAGGGUAUGGGCGGUGAGCGUCUCCAGAGCGUGUCUUUGGGCCAAGGGCAAGGACCCGUGGCUCGGAGGCUCAUCGAGGAGGGCGUCAGGAUCGGCACGUGGGUCCUUCUGCAGAACUGCCACCUCGCCAAGUCCUUCAUGCCGCAGCUGGAGAAGCUAUGCGAGGAGCUCAACCCCGAGACGACCCACGCCGACUUCCGCCUGUGGUUGACGAGCUACCCGUCCGCCCACUUCCCCGUCUCCGUGCUCCAGUCCAGUAUCAAGAUGGUGACCGAGCCGCCGAAGGGACUCAGGGCCAAUCUCAGGAGACUCUACCUCGCGGACCCGCUGUCAGAGCCGGACUUCCUGACGGGCGAGGGCUCCUCCGAGAAAUUCCGACGCCUUGUCUACUCGCUCUGCUUCUUCCACGCCGUCGUGCAGGAGCGCCGUCUCUUCGGGCCCCUCGGAUGGAACGUGCCCUAUUCCUUCUCCGACACGGAUCUCAGGAUCUCCGCGCAGCAGCUGAGGAACCUCAUCGGAUCCUACGUGGAGAUCCCCUGGGAAGCCCUCCAGUACCUGACGGCGGAGUGUAACUACGGAGGAAAAGUGACAGACGAGCGGGAUCGAAGGACUCUGAGCACGAUCCUGCGUAAAUUCUACAACCCGGAUAUAGUGAAGGGAGAGACACAUUCGUUCGAUCCGCAAAACGUCUACACCACGCCCCCCGACGGCGAAUACGCCUCCUACCUCAACCACAUCUCGGAGCUGCCCCGCGACGCCCCGCCCCACGUCUUCGGGAUGAACAGCAACGCCAGCAUCAACAAGGACCAGGCGGAGACCAACAAGCUCUUCUCGGCCGUUCUCCUCACCCAGGCGACGUCCCUCUCGUCUGGCGGCGGCGGCGACGGCGACGGCGACGCGGUAGGGAGGACGUGCGAGGAGAUCCUGGGCCGCAUCCCGCCGCCCUUCGUGGUGGACGCCGCCCUCGCCAAGUACCCCACCAGGAGGGAGCAGAGCCUCAACACCGUCCUCGUGCAGGAGAUGAGCAGAUACAACACCCUCAUCGUCACCAUCUCGAGCACCAUCAGCGCCGUUCUCAGGGCGAUUGAGGGUCUGUUUGGUCUGUCGGAGGAGGUGGAGGAGGUGCUCGUCGGAGUGCGCACCGGCCGCGUCCCCGACAUGUGGCGCGCGAGGUCCUACCCGACGCUCAAGGGCCUCGGCUCCUACAUCAACGACCUCGUGCAGCGCCUUCAGUUCCUUCAGAACUGGUACGAGGUCGGGCAGCCUCGUGUGUUCUGGCUUAGCGGGUUUUUCUUCACCCAGUCCUUCUUAACAGCUGUUUUGCAGAACCACGCUCGCGCCUACACCCUCGCUAUAGAUCAGCUGUGGUUCAAUUUCCAGGUCUGCGACGUCGACGAGGAUAGCCCCGCCCCCGACGUCGGAACCUACAUCCGGGGUCUGUUCCUCGAGGGCGCCCGCUGGGACCACUCGACGGGGCGCCUGGAGGAGGCCCUGCCGAGGCGCCUGCACGAGAACAUGCCGCCGAUCUGGCUGAGGCCGAUGGUGCGCGAGGACAUCCCACCCACGACCUCCUACUCGUGCCCCGUGUACAAGACGAGCGAGCGGCGCGGGAACCUCACCACGACGGGGCACUGCACCAACUACGUCAUCUCCGUCAGGAUCCCGACCCAUCUCUCGGAGGACCACUGGACUCUCAGGGGCGUGGCGCUCCUGUGCUCGUUGUCGGAUUAAAGGAGGGAGAAGAGGAGAGAAGGAGAGAGGAGGGAGAAAGGGAGAGAAGGAGG